CUCUGCAUCCGAGGACCCAUACUUUCAAGACUCUCAAUCUUGACACUUGCUCAUAAUGAGUACCACACGAACCGCCCAAGCCCUACUCAAGGCCGCGCGCGUCGACCCGGCCAUCUUCCAGCUCCGCCCCGACUACCGCGCCCUCCUGAUGGUGGUCGAGAACAUCCCCCCAGGCCCCAGCGACCAAACCAGCGAGGCCCUCCUCGAACAAGCCGAAGCAAAUGUCAAGGAACUCUUAGCCAGCAAGUCCGUCACCGAGCUUCCGCACAUUGCCGCAUGGCGCGACACCUACAAGGCCUUCGGCGCCAAACCCCAGAAGACCCGGAACAGUUUGGAAGCGCUGACCCGGCGUGUCGAGGCGGGUCUGCCCCGGGUCAACCGUCUGACGGACAUCUACAACGCCAUCUCCAUCAAGCACCAGCUACCCUUUGGAGGCGAGGAUCUCGACAGGUACGACGGGGCACCAUUCCUCAUCCGUGCGACAGGCACGGAGCAAUUCCAGACCUUUUCCGGCGGGGAGCCGCAGACGGAGCUGGCGGCGCCGGGGGAGCCGAUCUGGUGCGACAGCACGGGGAUCACCUGUCGGCGCUGGAAUUGGCGGCAGGGUCCGCGGACGGCGUUGACGGAUGAGACGACCCGGGUGUUGUUCAUUAUUGAUGCCUUGGGGGAGGUGGUCUCGGAUGAAGCAUUGGAAAGCGCAGCUGAUGAGCUGGCGGAGGUGUUGAAGGGGCUUUCGCCGGAGGUGCAGGUGGCUCGGAGGACUAUUAGCGCAUCGUCGGAUUGAGCUUGGUGUCGGUCACUUUCUCUGUCGAAACGAGAU